AUGGUAAGUCAUAGUGCCCGACAACGAGUUUUGGCAAAGCGUUUUAAUAGAUCAACGGAGACAAUUAACCGCAAUGUAAGGGAGGUCCUGCGCGGUCUUUGUAUGUUUGCUUCACAAAUAAUUCGCCCUUUUGACUACGAUCAGGAUGCAGCGGGAGCAAUUGAUGGCACUCACAUUCCGGCGUGCCCGCCCUCAGGCCACCAAAUGGUGUAUACAAAUCGACAUGGGUUUCAGUCGCAAAAUCUACUGGCAGUAUGUGAUUUCGAUAUGCGAUUCACGUACAUAUAUGUUGAGUGGGAGGGAAGUGCACACGAUAGCCAAGUGUUAGAUGAUGCUCUGUCACACCCGUCAGACUUCCCAAUGGCACCUGAAGGUAAAUACUACCUUGUAGAUGCUGCAUAUAAGAAUGUUCCAGACUUCUUAUCGACGUAUAAGAAUGCAGCACGGGCCGGUCCAGAAAAAAUUUUAUUUAAUACACGCCAUUCGAAACUUAGAAAUGUCAUUGAACGAACCUUUGGAGUUCUGAAGAACAGAUUUAAGUUUUUAAAGGGACCGGUUCCAAAUUUUUACAUGAUGACUCAAGUCAGUGUUGUUAUAGCUUGUUGUGUAUUGCACAACUUUCUUCCCUUACACCAACCAGGCGACGCCUAUUUUCAACUGGUUGAGGACGAAAAUGUUCGAUUAGAGCACCAACAGGGUGGCGGUGAGUUACUUCACGUCCAGCCAUUGAAUGCAUCCCGAGCUGAGGUUAUGGCUUGGAAAGUUAGGCGAGAUGCAAUUGCAACUGAAAUGUAUGGCGCGUAA